AUGAGCGGAACGGCCUUCGUGCCGUUUGCCAACGCUGUGCUCCCGUCGCUGGCUCAAGGCCUCAUCGCACAGCAAUUGACGACAGUCGUCACAAUCUGGCCCAAGUCGGAACUGGCCGAGCACUGCGACGAUAUGUUGCUCCUACUCACCAGCGCUAUUCAAGACCACAAAGCUUUCGUUCGCGUGGCGGCAGGCGAAGCGUUGUGCGCGUUUGGCGAGACAUGA